AAAUUUGGAAAGAAGAAUGAAAAGGAAAACCAAGAUAUCACUUCUACUAAGAGGAAAGCUAUUGAGAAAAUUUCUUUACCGGAAAUCGUUCUAAAUACCAUACCAAAUCUGGUCUACCUUAAUUUACGUGACAAAUCAAACUCAACUAUUGAAUCUACUGAACAGCGUUUUCCUGAUGAGAUCACGAAUUGGUUGGAGUUUGAACAAGAAGUUCGAACAUGGCAACCGGAAGCAGAUAAAAAAUACCCAAAACCCACAUGCGAGAAAGAUAUAUGGUCAGCCACAGAUAUGAAUAUCUUCGAUGCAUUAACACCACUAGAUCAAUCUAUUUCUUUUUUGGAUGGCCGUGCUUUGAAAAAUAUUAUUGGCGAACCGGAUUUUAUCAUAGUUGAUGAUCAUAUUAAACUUCUUAUGCCCUGGGAAUCUAAAACUAAGUGGGUUUUGAAUGUGCUUCCGGACCAAAACAUUGUUACGCUCUAUAAUGAGGAAAAGGAAUUUCGAGAGGGAACAUAUGCUUAUUCUAAUGAUACUUCG